CACACAACAUUAUUAUCCGCAGUCCAAGUAUGAAGUGCGCAUUAGCCAUCGUCUGCCUCGGCCUUUGUGUGGCGCUUACCACAGCCGCACCCACCAAUGAUGCCACAAUUGUCAGCCAAACGGCUGACGUGAGGCCCGAUGGCUACACCCUCCAGCUGGAGACAAGCGACGGCACCAAGCGCUCAGAGGAGGCAAUCCUAAACAACAUUGGCACCGAGGAUGAGGCCAUCUCCGUUAAGGGCACCUACUCCUAUGUGGGCGACGAUGGCGUCACCUACCAGGUUAACUUUGUGGCCGAUCAGAAUGGCUACCAGCCCGAGGGAGCGCACAUACCAAAAGUUUAAUUCUAAGUUAAAGUUCUUAUAUAAUAAUCAACAAUAAAUAUAAAGCAUACCA